UUCCAGUGCAGAACCUGAACGGAUUGAUAGCAAAUACUUAAAGAUGACGAAAUCUUGCUGAAUCACAAUGACUUGCAUAAUAUAAAAAUAGAAUCAUUAUCUAUUUGCGCAAAUCAACAAAUAUCGAUUAAUUUGAAUAGCUAUGAAGUGACUAAAUUAAUACGUGAUGAAAUAGCAAGUCAUCCAAUAAAUGUCCUCUUUUAUAAUUGUUCGGACAAUCUAGUGUAAUGCAUAAUUUAGUUUCACCUUGAAAUUUGGUUAUUAGUAUACUGAGUGCAUAUUGUUCAGUUUGAAAUAAAAUUAAUUUUAAGAGGAUGACGUGUUGUAAGUAGAAUGAAAACAAGAAAUAAUCUGGAGAGGACUUAGGGAAAGCAAACAAUUAAUUAUUAAGUAGUGAGGUAAAAAUGUUGUUUUCUUCGAAAGCAACUAAUUGUUUUAUGUGACGUAAGGUUAGCUAUUAGUAAUAAUUACAUAGUAUUUCGUCACUUUUCUUUUUAAAUAUCCGCAAAUAUUCAAGAUAAUGCAGGGCUAAAAUUUUAUUAUACACUUUACAAGAUGGCUGUUUGGUUUUAUUGCAUUUUUCUUAAGUUUUUUUCAUAAGUGUUGUUUUCGUUGCCAGGAUAUUAGACGGAUAGAUAGCAAACCGCAUCUCCGGUGUAACUCAAAACCAAAUAUUAGCCCAAAAACUAGUUCGAUUGGUUAUAACUUGUUUUCACACAUUCUUACUUCUUUGUCAGAAUUCAGAUCUGUGACAAAAAAAGGAAUACUAUCCGAUGUUGAUCGGAUUAAACAAAAAAUAAAGCGUCCAGUGACUACAUUGUCCGAUAAGCACAAACCAGUAGUGAUACAUGCCAAAGCCAUUAUUACUUCUUUCAACAUAAAAAUUUGAUUGAGUAAAGGAAUUGGUUUUAAUUUUAUUGCCAAAAUAUACCAUACAAUAACUUAGCUCUGUACUCUGUACUAAUAUUUACUCGUACUAUAGAUACUAUCAUACGUAUUAAAAUAGGUUGGUAAUACAUUUGCAAAUAUGAAAAUACAAAUAAAAUAAUUAAAUUUAUUCAGCAAAAACUGAAAUACCAGCAACCAAUGAGUGCUUCGAGUAGCAUUAACCUUUAAAAUACAUUACUAUUAUAAUUAUUUUGAAAUUACGUAUUGACGCAAUAAAUUGAUAAAAAUUGGUAUGCGUCGAAAGGGUUUUCACGGUGGUAAUUUAAAAUUGCACAUGCACAUCAAGGUCAUUCAUUUGUUAUUUAUCAUUUGUCCACAGUAAGUUAAUUAAACAACAUGCUAACGUUAACAUUACUAUUUCUCGUUUUACUUGGAAUUUAUGUAUUCUUCCGAAAAAGUUACGCGUUUUUUGAUCAUUUAAACAUACCAGUGAAACCACCAUCCAUACCAUUCGGCAACUUUUACAACUUCUUAUAUGGCAACCCUCCACCUCCUGGAUUUCAAGUCGCCGAAAUAUACAAAUACUUAAGAGAUCAAGGAUACAAAUAUGGUGGAUUUUAUAUAUUUCAUCAACCGUCUUUCAUGCCUAUCGACUUGGCUUUGAUCAAAGAUAUUUUACUAAAGAACUUUCAUUCAUUUGAUGAUAAAGGGUUCUAUUACAAUGAACAGGAUCAACCCAUCAGUGCUAACUUAUUCUUUUGGGGCGAGAAAUGGAAAAACAUCCGGACGAAAAUGACACCGGCGUUUACUUCGGGAAAAAUGAAAAUGAUGCUAUCAAUUUUAUUGGAUUGUCGAUAUCCUCUCAUCGAACACAUUGAGAACUGCAGAAUAAAUCAUGAACCUUUGGAUAUUAAGGAAGUAGCCGCAAAGUUUACGACUGAUAUAAUUGGAUCUUCUGCGUUUGGUAUAGAGUGUAAUAGUUUUAAAAAUCCAGACGCCGAAUUUCGUAAAAAUGGAAAAGCGGUCUUUGAUUUGGGCUACAUUCGUAUCCUACAUGGAAUGAUAACAAUGAAUUUUAAACUAUUUGCUGCCAAGAUGCACAUGGUAAUAUUCCCAAAACCGGUGGAACUAUUUUUUGUUAACGCAAUUAAAGCUACGAUUAAGUUUAGAAAGGAGAAUAAAAUUGAGAAGAAUGAUUUUAUGGGAAUAUUUAUUCAAUUGAUGGAUGAAGGCGAGAUUACUUUUAAUGAGCUUGUGGCUCAGGCGUUUGUAUUCUUUCUCGCCGGUUUUGAGACAUCUUCAACAACCCUGACGUUUUGUUUGUUCGAGUUGGCAAAAAAUCCAGACAUUCAAGACGAGGUACGAAGCGAAAUUAGAAAAGUGCUUGCUCAAUAUAAUGGCGAUGUCACUUAUGAAGCACUUGGACAAUUAACGUUUACAAAACAAGUUAUUGAUGAAACACUAAGAAAGUAUCCUCCUCUACCAGUUAUUAACCGAAUAAGCACAAAACCAUAUCAAAUACCAGAAACUGAUGUAAUUCUGCCCGUUGGAACACAAGUUGCUAUUUCCUCAAUUGGUCUACAUUAUGAUGCGGAUAUUUAUCCCAAUCCGGAAUCGUUUCAUCCCGAAAGAUUUUCUCCUGAAAAUAUGGACAAAAUCAAUCCAUAUUCUUAUUUGCCAUUUGGUGAAGGUCCAAGACUUUGCAUAGGACAACGAUUUGGAAUUAUGCAAAUAAAAAUUGGUUUGGUUACAUUACUGAAAGAUUAUAAAUAUACAUUAAAUAAGAAAACAAGUCCUGAUUUAGAAUUAGACUUUACUUUUUUUUUGUCACCGAAAGGAGAUAUAUUAUUAGACAUUGAAAAAGUUUAAUACGAAAAAUAAAUGAUUGUCUUAUUUUGUUUUACCAUUCAGACCCGGCGUCUUAGCACAAGCAUCACUAUUGUGAAUCUCACGCUAUUUAGCAAGCGCAAAACACGAAAUUUUGAAGUUAAUUUCAUUUUUGUUGACAAAGAAUGGAUAAAUCCAAAUGUUAUUAAUCAUAAAACAGUUUUGUUAUCAUCAAGGAAAUAACAAAUACAACAUUUGUUGUACAAGCAAACUUUUCAGAAAGCCAAAAUAUAACGAAGUAGAAUUUGUGGUUUUGGUAACAGAUUUUAGUAAAGUGAUGUGAAUAAUUUUCAUAGCUAUUAAUAAAUUUUUUUGCUUUA